CUGCUCGCAAGUCGCAACAAAGUCUCCCAACCAGAGCUAGCAGCAGCAAGCGAGCGCGUUCCAUAGCUCGUCGGGGCAAAGCAAGUCAAGGCAGCAUGUGCAACGUCAUCACGAUCCCGUCGAUCGCCUGGCUGCGCCGCGCCGUGCGCCGGUGGCGGGCCCGCCGCUCCACCGCCUCCGCCCCGGUUCCGUCGGGGCACGUCGCGGUCUGCGCAGAGGGCGCGCGGUUCAUGGUGCGACUGGCGCAUCUGAGCCAUCCGGCCUUCCUUGAGCUGCUCCGGCAGGCGGAAGAGGAGUACGGCUUCCCGUCCGGCGCCUCCGGCCCCGUCGCGCUCCCCUGCGACGAGGACCGCCUCCGCGACGUCCUCCGCCGCGUCUCAUCCUCGUCCCACUCCGAGCAGCCGCGCCGCUCCUCCUUCUGCCGCCGCCGCGGCGACUCGCGGCCGCUGCUGCAGGAGGUGGCCUUCCCGUGAGCGCGCGCGCGCCGCUGCACCGAACGAUCGGGCGACGGAGCACACGCAGUUUCUGCCGCGCGCUGGUGACGGACACGGUCCCCCUGACGCGCACGCACACGGCCCCCCUGAUCCGAAGGGCCGGCGUGCUCCUCUGCGCUGCGUAAUGCCGGCCAUCGGACGCGCACGUACUGGAGCUGGCUAGUACAGUAUGUGAUGGUGAUGGUGCUGGUAACUGAUUGAAGAAGGCGACGAUUUUUGGGGAUUGUUUUCUCUGUAACUAUUCUAAUAGUACUCGUCUGUGCAACUCCUUGCCGAGGCAUACGAGUAAAUUAAUUAAUAAAGAUUGUUUGAUUUGUUCUUGUUGUA